AUGAAGCGCAGAACGCCAAAAAACUUUAACACUCUCCAGGACUUGGGGAGCGAGGUGCGAGGAGGGCCCGCUGCGUCCCCAGCCAUGCUGUCUCUGCACAAGUCCCCGCCGGUAGUUUGGAUGCUGCUGACCGCCCUGAAGUGCUCCUUGCGGCACCCUGCAGACCCCGUUGCGCCGCACCGCAACAGCCGUGCGGUGCCUUGCUGGUGCCUCGCGGUGAAGGCUAAGGACCGGGACGAAGAACAUGCGACAACGGCCACCGAGGUCCUCCAGCAGGCGCUCCGAAUCCAUGCCGCGAGCGUCGCCUCACUCCAUUUGGACGGCAUCACGCCGGGUGGCGACUAUCGCCAGCGCAUGCCCAAGAAAUCUCUAGGCCGCCUCCAAUACGAGGACAUGGGCCGCAUGCCUCCGGUGCUCACGGAGCGCCCCCCGACCGGAGACCGCUUCCAACCAUUCACCAUCCCCCCCGACCAGCUCCUUCAACAACAACAACAACAACAACAACAACAACAACAACAACAACAGCAGUCGCAGUCGCAGCUCCUCCUUCCCUCCGCCGUACCCGUCCAUUAUCAAAAACCCGCCCGAAAGGUACGAACCGAAGGCAGCUCCGCCAGCGCAGCGGACACCUCCUCCAUCGAUGGCCCCGAUCGUGACAGUAGCAGCAACAGCGGCCACGAUGCCCCCGGCAGUCCCGACAUGGCGUCCACCCCCGCCAUAUCCCCGAGGCUGACCGCCAGAGGGAGCUUGCCCGGGGCCGACAGGAGCACGUGCACACGCCGCCGUGGCGGCGGUGGUGCUACUGCUGCUGCUACAGGGCACAUCCCAGCCAUUUCGCGGAUUACCAGCAACGGCAUUUCUACUUGUGUCGCAGGAGUCGGCUGCUCUAAGCCCUUUCCUAGCCCUAGGCUACCCCAGGUUGCGGGCUUGGCCUCCGGGGGCGGGACCAGCGGCACCAGCGACGCCUGCGGCACCAGCCAACCUGGGGGCCCUGUAAACACCGAGGCCAACGUGGACUUCACAGCCGAUGCAGACAGCGCCGCCGACGCCGCUGACGUCGGUGGGUACGGCGCCGAACUGCGCCGUACUGACAGCGGACUGCGCCGCGCAGAUCGGAUGCUGCAAGCGCUGCGGGAGUCUUACGGGCAGCCGCAACCUGCUUGCGCCUCGGCCGCGUUGCCGUGCAUCGCCAGGCCGCACCCGCAGCAAGCCACGUCCUCCUCUACCUGCUUUCUGUCAACGUCGGCCGCCAAGACCGGCCCCGACGCGUUUCGCAGCAACCCCACGAGCCCCUCGGCCCGACAGCGACAACAUCUCGGCUUUGUCUCCGGUCUCGCUGGCGGCGGCGGCGCCAGCAGCGGGACUGGCGGAGGAGCGCAUCCCGUACAUCCUGUUGGUGGAGGCUUUGGGAUGCAUGCUCCUGGCGGCGGCGGCGGCGGCGUCCUUCACUUUGGCCACGGGCUACGGCAGCUCACGCAUCCAGGGGUAGGCGUGUCCGCUGGCCCAGAGUCUCUGGGGAGCAAGACCCUGGCCCUGGCGGGAUCGGGCCGACAUGUUCAGCUCCACCCGCGCACCCGUUCACCGCAGCAUGGCCCGCAGGCUUGUUCUUCAACGGAUUCGAACCUGCGCGGUAGCGCCGCCGCAUCGCCACGCGAGCACGUUUCUGCAAUUGUAGUGGAGGAAAAGGAGGAGGGAAAGGACCUGCCGCGAGCCGCUGACGGGAGCUGUGGGGAGGUGGUCGUCAGUUGUACAACGUCUAACACAAGUUUGAAUCUUAGCUCUAGCAGCAUGCGGCGGCCAUUGCCGCCACCGCCACCUCCGCAGCGCCGCGAGCCAAGCGGUACCUAUGGCAGCGGUGCCAUCGCCGCAGGCAGUGGGACGAGCGGCCAAUUCGCUGCCGCGUCAUGCGGCGCGAGUCCCUACGCGGCCCCAGGCUUCAAUGUGACUGCGGAGGGAGUUACGAACGUUCUGGAUGCCACUGGGGGUGGUUGCCAUGCUGCCGCUGCCGCCAGCGGCAGCGGCAGCGGCGUGCACCGCACCCUGCGUUCGUCAGGAGCGCAAGCACAGGGGUGUCCAGCUGGCGAUUCAAGCAGUGCUUUCGUCGGCGUCCGGCUGCCGCCCAUCGCAGACGCCGCGGCUGGUUCCCCCGCAGCGGCUGUCGACGCCGCUGGCGCGGGGGUGCCGGCGGCGGCGGCGGCAACAACACCGGCAGAAAUGCGGAGCUCCCGACGUAACCGCGGUGUACGGUCCUUCUUAAGCUGCUCCGCAGCGGAAGGAACCGCAAUAGCGACCUUUGUACAACGGCCCCGACAGGGCGUGGCGGCAGCGGUGACGGAUGGCGGCGGCGGCGCUGUCGCCGCCGCAGUUUCAGUGCCUCUGCGCACGCGCCGCAGCGGCGGCACCACAGAUGCCAGCGGUGGCAAGGGUCCGGGGCCGGCCGCCGCUUCGGUCCCUGUUCCGCUAUCAAUUGCCGCGUACAACGCCAGGCGAGAGCGGUCAUUUUCCACGGAUGGAGGCCUGCGCGUUCGCCUGGGGGGCGUUGUCGCUGGCGGCGCCCUGCACGGUUCCAACACCGUCAUUGGGUCCAAUGGGCUGACGGCGGCUGGCACUGGCGCGCGCCCGCGACUGGCUGGCAUCUUUGGAGCUCGAGAGGGGGCAGCAGGGUGUAAGCUGGAACUGUGGCUAGAUGGGGUUGGCGGGUUGGGCCGCAGCCCGUGCCAGCUAUUUAGGGAGCUGUCUAAUCAAAUGUCCAG